AUGAGUUAUCCAUUGAUUUACCUUCAGGUGGAAGUUGAGCCCUAUGUCGAACUCAAAUUCGACCUGCAUGUGCAAAAAAUUGGUCACGAUAUCAAGACUUUCUUGCGACGUGGCAUAUCAAAGAGCUGGAAGAGCAACGUUGGCUCGGCAGUGUUGGAGCAGCUUCCCACCAAUGAACGGCAUAAGCAGUACAUACACGCGAUUUGUGAGCAUGUCGGGCGAAUGUCGAUCUGUUCGAUAGAUAUACUGGUUUCCAAGGAAGGAAGAGAAUACGUGCACGAUGUGAAUGACGUCAUCGCCUUUUACGGUGAAACACAAGAAGACGAUCGACGAAACGCGGCUGCUCUGAUGCGUGCCAUUAUGGCUCCGCCGCCUCGAUUACCGUCCCGUCCAUCGAUGGAACGGCCAAAAGAUGUGGCCAGAGCAUCCAACCACGUUAACCACGUCACGAACGCAACCAGCCCCCCUAACGCCACUCGCCCUCAUCCCAUUGAGAAGAAACCAGUGGAAAUACCCGAGAAACGAGAGCCUAAGGAACAACCUCCUGUGACGUCACAGUCCUCGUUCGCUGACGACACUAUGGGACAGCUUAAAGCGAACCUUCGCUGGCAUAUUCGGUGA